AACUUGGGCAUUGCCGGGGCGGGGGCCAGAGGAGCAGGAGGAGGAGGAGAGGAUGAUGUUUGGAUUCUGAGAAUUGAUCUAUGUUGGAUCAGCUGCCUGCUGUUUCCCGGGGAGAUCAUGAAACGAGGUCGCCUUCCCAGCAGCAGUGAGGAUUCUGACGACAAUGGCAGCCUGUCAACUACUUGGUCACAGAAUUCCAGAUCCCAGCACAGGAGAAGUUCAUGCUCCAGACAUGAAGAUCGAAAGCCUUCGGAGGUGUUUAGGACAGACCUGAUCACUGCCAUGAAGUUGCAUGACUCCUACCAGCUGAACCCAGAUGAGUACUAUGUGCUGGCAGAUCCCUGGAGACAGGAGUGGGAGAAAGGGGUCCAGGUGCCGGUGAGCCCUGGGACCAUCCCUCAGCCCGUGGCCAGGGUCGUGUCUGAAGAGAAGUCCCUCAUGUUCAUCAGGCCCAAGAAAUACAUCGUCUCGUCGGGCUCCGAGCCUCCAGAGCUGGGCUAUGUUGACAUCCGGACGCUGGCUGACAGCGUGUGUCGCUACGAUCUCAACGACAUGGACGCUGCGUGGCUGGAACUGACCAACGAGGAGUUCAAGGAGAUGGGAAUGCCUGAGUUAGAUGAAUACACCAUGGAAAGGGUCCUGGAGGAAUUUGAACAGCGAUGCUACGACAAUAUGAAUCAUGCUAUAGAGACGGAAGAAGGCCUGGGGAUUGAAUACGACGAAGACGUCGUCUGUGACGUCUGCCAGUCGCCCGAUGGUGAGGACGGCAAUGAGAUGGUGUUCUGUGACAAGUGCAACAUCUGUGUGCACCAGGCCUGCUACGGAAUUCUCAAGGUCCCAGAGGGCAGUUGGCUGUGCCGGACGUGUGCCCUGGGGGUUCAGCCCAAGUGUUUGUUGUGUCCCAAGAAAGGUGGAGCGAUGAAGCCUACCCGCAGUGGGACCAAGUGGGUCCACGUCAGCUGUGCGCUGUGGAUCCCCGAGGUGAGCAUUGGCAGCCCCGAGAAGAUGGAGCCCAUCACGAAGGUGUCUCACAUCCCCAGCAGUCGGUGGGCGCUGGUGUGCAGCCUCUGCAAUGAGAAGUUUGGGGCCUCCAUACAGUGCUCUGUGAAGAACUGCCGCACAGCCUUUCACGUGACCUGUGCUUUCGACCGGGGCCUGGAGAUGAAGACCAUCUUGGCCGAGAACGACGAAGUCAAGUUCAAGUCCUACUGCCCAAAGCACAGCUCACAUCGCAAGCCCGAUGAGAGCCUCGGUGAGGGGGCCGCUCGGGAGAACGGGGCCCCUGAGUGCCCCCCCCGGGAUCCGCUGGAGCCCUUUGGCAGCCUUGAGCAGAAUCAGGAGGAGGCCCACCGGGUGAGUGUCCGGAAGCAAAAGCUGCAGCAGCUGGAGGAUGAGUUCUACACCUUCGUCAACCUGCUGGAUGUUGCCAGGGCCCUGCGGCUGCCCGAGGAGGUCGUGGAUUUCCUGUACCAGUACUGGAAGUUGAAGAGGAAGGUCAACUUCAACAAGCCACUGAUCACCCCAAAGAAGGACGAAGAGGACAAUCUCGCGAAGCGGGAGCAGGAUGUCUUGUUCAGGAGGCUGCAGCUGUUCACGCACCUGCGGCAGGACCUGGAGAGGGUUCGGAACCUCACUUACAUGGUGACCCGCAGGGAAAAGAUUAAACGAUCUGUGUGCAAAGUCCAGGAACAGAUAUUCAAUCUUUACACUAAGCUUUUGGAGCAAGAAAGAGUUUCAGGUGCGCCACCUUCUUCUUCCUCCUCGUCACUGGAAAACAUGCUUCUGUUUAACAGCCCUUCUGUGGGCCCCGAUGCCCCCAAGAUAGAGGACUUGAAGUGGCAUUCUGCAUUCUUCAGGAAGCAAAUGGGUACUUCCUUGGUUCACUCGAUGAAAAAGCCCCAUAAGCGAGAUCCGUUGCAGAACAGUGCUGGGAGUGAAGGCAAAACCCUGCUAAAGCAGCCAGACCUGUGCAGUAGAAGGGAGGGGAUGGUGGUCCCAGAGAGCUUUUUGAGUUUUGAAAAGACCUUUGCAGAAGCACGUCUCAUAUCAGCACAACAGAAAAAUGGUGUGGUGAUGCCAGACCACGGGAACAGAAGAGACCAUCGUUUUCAUUGUGAUCUUGGUAAGGGAGACUUGAAGGACAGACCUUUCAAACAGAGUCACAAGCCUCUCAGGUCCACAGACGUGUCCCAGAGGCAUGUGGACAACACAAGAGCUGCCACCUCCCCUGGAGUGGGGCAGUCAGCACCCGGCACGAGGAAAGAGAUGGUGCCCAAGUGCAACGGCUCCCUAAUCAAAGUAAACUAUAACCAGACUGCAGUCAAAGUGCCUACAACACCUGCUAGCCCAGUGAAAAACUGGGGAGGAUUCCGGAUUCCAAAGAAGGGGGAACGGCAGCAGCAGGGAGAGGCCCACGAGGGGGCCUGCCACCAGCACUCAGACUACCCCUAUUUGGGCUUAGGCCGAGUUCCAGCCAAGGAAAGGGCGAAAAGCAAAUUGAAAUCUGACAAUGAGAAUGACGGGUACGUCCCUGAUGUAGAGAUGAGUGACUCAGAGAGUGAGGCAUCAGAAAAGAAAUGUAUACAUGCCAGCAGCACUAUUAACAGGAGGACAGACAUUAUCAGGAGAAGCAUUUUGGCCUCUUGAUGAAGCAGAGAUGGCUUGGGAGCGCCACGGGCUUGUCAUGGGGUAGGCGAGAGUUCAGACACGGGGGACGAGCAGAAACCCGUCACUCCUGAGCUGCACAAACACAUUUACUUGCAAUUCAGAUUGAAUUUUUUUUUUUUUGAGUCAUUUAUAAAUCAUUGUUGUGAGAAGUGUGUUAUUUGCAACUUGUUGAGGAAACACAAGAGUUAGAUUGUGACCGUAAGACACUGCUAAGACUAGAGGCUGAAUUAAACACUAAAAUUGGAUGAAAUAAGUUUCUAAAGAGGGCAGGGCUUUUAAAUAAGCCUCAUGAGUUUUUAUUGCCCUCUGUAUUCUUCCCAAAGCACAAACUCUUGGUUACCUGAAUAUACAGAAUCAGAUAUGGUUCUUGAGAAAUGCUCACAUAUCAUUUAAUAGCCCAUAAAACUUAUUUUCUAGGACUGUGGUGGAUCUUGAAAUCAUAUUUAUACUUUGGCCCACAAGGCUGUUUUUGUUGCAUUAUAGUGUACGGGCAGUAGCUCUGAAGCUUCAGUAACUCUAGGGAAUUCAUGUGUAAAUACAGCAGAUGAGGGAAGAGAAAAUUUAAAAGUCGUCAUGACUGGAAGAUCUGAAGGGACAGGGUAGAGCUGCUGGAGCUUGGAGAUUUAGGGUAAAUGUAAGCAAGGUCCUGCUGCCGGAAGCCCUUGAAUGUGUUGUGGAUAUAGGGCUGGUGGGGAGUGAAGCCAUUACAAAGUUCCAUCUACGAGAAAGGGCAGUUGAGGUCCCGUCUUUACCAGAGUCCUUUUGACCUUUCUCUUCCCUAACCACUGCCUCUGGGCCAGCUUGGGAUUUCGCUGGCCACUGGCAAAAACUGGCCAUCUGGCUUCCAACAAUACAAUGGCUAUUCAAGUUCAAGUGAUGAACUUCCAGACUCUGGUGACUCAUAUUUCCCAGAGCCGACCACUAGUGCACAUGUUGGGGAAUCUGGCCUUCCAACAUGAACAGAUUCCUU